GACGUUGGUUCCAAAAAAGAGUUGAUAGAAAGGUUAGCGGCACAAACAGUUAGAAAAAUAAAAGGAAAGGGAAAAAUCCCAGGAAACGAAGAAAAAAGAAAUAAAAGGGGAAGGGACCUCGACGAAUAUUUAGGAAAUUUG